AUGUCAACCACGUUAAAAGCGUUAGGCGUAGAAGUCUUAAGUUUCACCAAAUCUCGAUAAGAAGAAGCAGUCCACACCCAGUCUUCCUUAAGAAUUACUCCAUUUCUUCGGAUUGAUUCCGAAACGUUCGAUUGGAGUACGAUCAUUGCCAAGCCUGAACUCAUCUCAAUCAAAGGCAAAAAGCACGAAUCAUAUGUAAAUGCAGAAACUAUGGAAGAAGACUUAUUGUAAGGCGAAGCAUAAUGGCCAUAUGCAGAAAACUCCCUUUACUUGUUUUCCUCAUUGAGUCCUUUUAGGCUGAGUCUGUUGCAGACACUGAGUUCUUAGAAAUUAGUCAACUUUAUGAGAUUAAUUACGAUAAUAAAUGUGGCAGCGGUUUGUGCCUAUGAUUAUCAAUCCAGAAUAGAAUCGGAAGAUUACGAAAGGAAUAGGAUUUGUACAACACUGGAGAUAGUGUGCAACACAUUGUUUGGCUUAGAAUGCUUGGGUUAGAUAAUCGUUUAAGGAUUUGUGUUUGGAAAGAAUACUUAUUUAAAGUCAUGGUGGAAUAUUGCUAAUUUUGCAACAUUCAUAUCCACAUGGGCAAUUUUAGGUCAUAUCAACAGUAGCAAUCAACUCGUCCACAUCUUGAGAGUCAUAAGAAUCUUUAGAGCCCUCAGAUUAAUUCAAGAUUCAAAAACACUAAAGAAAUAGUUGGAUGCCUUCAUAGGUAGUUUUUAAAGACUAGGACCAAUUCUAGUACCAUUAUUGUUUGUUGUUUUGUAUUACAGCAUUAUUGGAUUGCAUUUAUUUAUGGGAGUCACUGAAUAUAGGUGUAGAGAAACACCAGAACCUGAGGAUGGAAAAUGGAUAGCAGUGGAAGACAUAAAGCAUUUGUGUGGAAUAUGGGACUGUCCAGAAGAUACAUAUUGUGGUUCAUUGGCUGAUCAUGGGUUACCCAGAGACUUAUAAGAAAACAGAUAUGAAUAAUUUGGAUUUGGAUUCAUAAGAUUUGAUGAUUUCUUUUACUCCUUAUUUGUUGUCUUCACUUUCCUUACUAUUAUUGGAUGGUCAGGAACAACCUUUAUGUUUUGGAGAGCCAUGACAACAUACGUUACUGCAUUUUAUUUUGUUUCAUUAAUUUUCAUUUUAGCUUACUUGUUAUCCAAUCUACUUUUGGCAUCAUUUUACGAAUCCUUUAUGGUGUUAAGUUCAAUUAAAUAGAAUAAGAAUUCAGACAAUGAGCAAGAAGCUCUAGAGAAUGAGAUCAAGAAGAAGAAGCAAUAAUAGAUGAUGACAAGACUUCAACAAUUGAAUGAUUAGAAGAACAACUAGAAAAGGGUCAAAAAGAGAAAAUACGAAGUCUCACUUUAUUAUGAGGAAGAAGAAUAAGAAAAUGAUAUAUUGGGUGAGAAAUUCAAGAAAUUUCAACAUUUCUCAAAUCUCAUUGUGAAAUCCAACUUGUUUAAUUAUUUGAGUUGUUCGAUGAUUUUAAUCUCUACGAUUGUCAUCAUAUCGGAUCAUCAUUCGAUUUCAGAUGAAAUUUACGAAAAUUUGUUGAUUGUAGAUUUCAUUUGUAUAAUUUAUUUCAUUGUGGAACUAAUCAUAACCAUAUGGGGUAUAGGCAUGGAAUAAUUUAAAGAAAUAAUCGAUAUUUUUGACACUCUUGUCAUACUAUCCUAAUUUAUUUUAAUAGUGGUACUCUUUUUUUUGGAUGAAAAUGUCAUUAUCAAUUAUAAUAAUUACGUCAACUUUGUCAAGGCUUUGAAGAUGCUGAGAUUGAUGAAAUUCCUGUAUAUUGCCAGAAUCUUUUAUUCCAUUAGUGUUUUGGCACGUUGUCUAGUGCAAACCUUAUUGAAAAUUAAGGAUUUGAUUUUCCUUUUUGUUUUCUUGAUCAUCAUUACUUCUCUAUUUGGACAAGAGUUGUUAGCCUAUAAAGUGAGAUUCGAAGAAUUACCCAAUGGGGAAUUAGAGAUUUCACAUUCAAAUGAAGGAAUAUCUGCUCCCAUCAACUAUGAGGGAUUUGGUAAUGCUUUGAUGGCUGCUACAAAUGUGUUUUAUAACGAGGAAUGGCAUAUAACCAUGUUUAUUCAUGCUUAAAAAAUAUGGGUCUCUAUCUUGUAUCACAUCAUCUCUAUCUUGAUGGGUUAAGUGUUAUUUGUGAGACUGUUCCUAGCAGUGUUCUUAAAUGAAUUUUGCUAGCAGUUAAAAAAGAUUGAAUAAGAAAUAAAACCAAUCAAUUUCCUAUUACAUGGUAAAAAGGUUUUAAAUUUUCUCGUUCAAUUCAUUAAAAAAAGAAGACGAUCCAAAAUACAUUCUUAGGCUCAAUUAUAAUAACAGAUCAAUCCUUAGCCCAGAUCAUCAGCCAAUCCAGCCAGAGUCUCAAUGUUUCAUAAUUUAAAUGGAAUUAAAUUAUAAAGAUUACCAGAAAGCACUCAUAAUGAAUUGUUAGAUCAAAAGGUUUAGACCCCUUCCAAUAUAUUUUGUACACUUAUUGGUUUAUAAUUAGCAAACAAGGAAAGUAUGAUAGAUCCAUUAAAGAAAGAAGAUAAGCCUACUGAAAAAAACACAGAUAAAUAAAACCAUCCUGAAGAAGAUCAUAUCCAAGAUCAUAACAUCGAUGAUCAUUAGCAUGAAGAGGAUGUGGAUCAUGAUUCUAGUUAGGAGGACCAUCUAAAAUCCCCAGAUGAACCCUCUCAUCCGGUUUAAGGUAAAAAUAUAAACAAAAGAACCCAAUAAAAGUCUAUAAGGAAGACCAAUUCAGAAAGAACUCUAUUCAUAUUUGCGCCUGAAUCAGAUUUUAGAUAAUUAGUCACUACUCUCGUAACGAAUAUCUACUUCAGAAUAUUCAAUUUCACGUUGAUUCUUUUGACUUGCAUUAGAAUCGCAUUGUUAAGUCCACUGGAAGAUCCAAACUCUGAUCUAUCUUAUGUUCUACAAAUAGGGUACAUCUUUCUAACAGUGUUUUACAUUUUGGUUAUCCUGCUGAAUUGCAUAGCCUUUGGAUUAUACAAAACGGAGAAGUCCUUCUUUAGAUAAUCAGUGUACAAUAUUUUCUCAUUUGCAAUCACCAUAGUUGAUUUAAUAACUUUGAUCUUUGACAUCUAACACCCAUUAAGUAAAUUCAUUACUUCUCUGAGAAUUCUCUAAUUUAUUCAGAUCGGAGCUGUGUUCUCUUAGAAUAUAGCAUAUGCUUAGGCAUCCUUGUUGAAUGCAUUCACUCAAAUGAUUUAAUUAGCUAUUUUCUGCAUAAUUAUAUUGUCGAUCUACGGAAUAUUUGCCCUGAAAAUAUUGAAGGGAACAAUGUAUUAUUGUGAUGCUUAUGAUGCUGAGAAUAAGGAACAUAUAAAAACAUCGACGGAUUGCUAUGAUUACGGGGGAUCAUGGAUAAAUCAGAUAUUGACAUUUGACACUAUAUUUUCAAGCAUCUUGACUCUGUUUUGUGUUGCAACAUCUGAGAAUUGGAUACCCCUCUAAAUUUAAGCUUGGAAUGCUGUGGGGAUUAAUAGACAACCCAUAUCAAGCAACAAUAGAACGUUUUCAGUUUAUUUUUAGAUAUUUUUCUUUUUGGGUUUCCUGUGUUUAUUAAAUAUGUUUAUUGGGUUGAUUGUUAAUGCUUAUUAAGAGGCUAAGAUGAAGGCUUAGAACUUGCAUUUAUUGGAUGAAACUCAGAGAGAAUGGUUUUAGAUUAAGAUGUAAAUUUAUACCAUGAAGCCAUUGGUUAAGUCUUAGAAGCCGGAGAAUGCAUUGAGGAAACUUCUAUUUUUUAUGGUCAAGCAAAAAUAUUUUAAGAUUUUUUGGUUGGUAAUCAUAUUUAGAGCAGAUGAAAAUUACAAAAAUGCUUUGGAUGUCAUCAAUGAUAUAUUUGUGUCUAUUUUUGCUUUUGAAAUCUUGUGUAGAUUCUUUGCUAAAGAAAAGCAUUUAUAUUUCAAAGAUAUAUCUAACAUCGUCGAUAUCAUAGCUAUAUGGUGGGCAAUUGCAAAUCUGUUCAUUAAAAAUAAGGAUGAUUACAACUUCUACUUUAAACGAAUAUCGAAUGCAAUAUCUGUGGCAUAUCAACUACAGCGAAAUUACCGUAUAGUGAAAAGAUUCAAUAAUUUAGAAAAGUUGUUUUCAUCUAUCUUCUCAGUGAUUCCAAAUGCCUUAUCGAUGCUGUUCAUAAUGUUCAUAUUUCUAUUCAUUUACACCACUUUGGGAAUUGAUAUGUUCGCAUUUAUUCGCACAUAGACAAGUUUGAAUGGAUGGGAUUAGCAUUUUCGUAAAUUCUCAACUGCGAUGUUUGCUUUGAUUAAAGUAGCUAGUUCAGAGAGUUGGUGGACAAUCAUGAUUGAUACUCUGCAUGAGUAAUCUCCGAAUUACGCUUGCAAUUACAUGUCAACAUAUGAAGAUUUCUUAGUUUAUGGUUUCAAUGGCUGUGGAACCCCAUACGCCUAUCUAUACUUUAUCUCUUUCCACAUAAUCUUCUCAUUGAUGAUUUUGAAUCUCCUUAUAGCCUCUGUGUUGGUAGCUUAUGAGGAACACGUAAAGAGCGAAGAAUCAGCAGUCAGUAAAUAUUAGUUAAAUGAUGUGCUCUCAUUGUGGAGAAACUAUGAUCCCGAAGGCAAAGGGUUCAUAAAUUAUAAAGACUUCUGGAAAUUGUCAUCAGAAAUAGCCAUUAUAUUUGGAGUGGCUCAAGAUGACCUAUUGGAUGUGAACAAUAAGAAAAACUUUUUGAAGGUGUUGAACAUUCCCAUUUAUGAAUCAAAGGAAUCCAACAUGUUAUGUUACAAAUUUCAUGAUGUGAUCUUAUCAUUGACCAAGAUUUCAGUCACUCUUAAGUAUGGAGUCACAAAUCUCGAACCAACUGAUAAGAUAAUACAAUAGAAGUUGUUGGCUCAAUUGGGGGAUUUGCAACGCAAGGAUCUUAUGAAUUAAUUCACUCCGACCAGUUUUAACAGUGGUGACAUGGUCGCCAUUAUCUAUAUCCAAAAGAAAUUCAGACUCUGGAAAAAGAGAGUGUAGGUAUUGAGAGAAGGAGGAGAUGUUAAGGCUAUUUAUAAUGAAAUGUCAGAUCUUAAGAAUAUGAUUAAGAAGUAGCUGGAACUUGAAGAAUAACAGGAAAAGUAAAACUGA